AAGGUUGGAAAAUGGCUGAAGCAGAUACAAUUCGACGCCUUUGGCGAUACAAGUCAGAUUUAGAAGCAGAACCAGACGAAGAAAAGUUACUUGAGAUCCUAGGCAAGUUAAGAAGGCUUUAUGUGUCAAUAGCUGCACUUCAGGAAACAGGUGUUGGAAAGCUGGUGAAUAGUUUUCGCAAACAUGAAGGGGUCGUCGGAGAAAAGGCUCAGGAGGUGGUCACAUUCUGGAAAUCUUUAGUUGAAACUGAAGUGGAUAGAAUGGAAAGCUCGACUAAAAGAAGUCGUAGCCCUUCCAGUAGCAGAAGCCCCUCCCUCCAGAAACAAGAGAGACACAAAAUAAAGAAAGAAGACAAUAAUAUCAGUGAUACUGAUAGCUGGAACUCUCUAAAAGAGGAGGAAGAGAGCAGGACUCAGCACAAUUCCAAGCCCAGCAGGAAAGAUAGUCACUCGUCAUCCAAGCACCAUGUGAAGGUGGAGCCAGACAGCACCAGUAAAAACCACAGAUCUGAGCAUGGUGGUAAGUCCUCUUCAAAUCACCACUCUAGUAGUAGGCAGGAGAAGGACAGGAAAGAUUCAUCUAGCAAGCACAACCACAAACCACAUGAUAAAAGUUCUUCAGAUGUUGGUUCUAGCAAGCACAACCACAAACCACAUGAUAAAAGUUCUUCAGAUGUUGGUUCUAGUAAGCACAACCACAAACCACAUGAUAGUUCUUCUGAUGUUGGUUCUAGCAAGCACAAACCACAUGAUAGUUCUUCGGAUGUUGGUUCUAGUAAACACAACCACAAACCACAUGAUAAAAGUGCAUCAGAUGGUGGUUUUAGUAAACCGAUCAAUACUUCUCAUGAAAAAAGAUCAGCUGAUCAGGUCUCUAGUAAACACAGUGACAGAACCCAUGACAGACUGUCUUCAAAUUCUUCUACUAGCAAGCAUAGCAGACAUGAAAAGAACUCUUCUGAUAGUGUUUCUAGUGGCAAACCACAUGAAAAAAACACGUCUGAGAUUAAAAAACGUUCAGUGGAUGAACAACCACUCUAUGUCCCCAGCCCUAAGAACAAACAUGUGCCUGAAACUACCCCAGCUGUGGAGUAUGUGCCUAGCAAAAAACACAGCAGUUCAGUAAACCACCACCAUCAAGGGAAGGAUAUCACACAUCAUGGUGUUGCCCAUACUGGGAAAACCAGUGCCCAUAAUUUGGGGGCCCAGCAUGCAGAGGAAGACCUAACGGACAGUGACUCUGAGUACGCAGAGACCUCCAAUAUAGAAGAGUACUACAAGAGCAUGCUAGCCCAGUCCAGUGAGCAGACUGGCGACAAUGACAGGUAUGGUGAUGGCGCUGGUGGAGAACAUUCUAGUCGAUCACACAAGGUGAGCAGUUCAAAUGUGGGGGUUGACAAGAUGGAUGAAAAUCACAGGUCUAAGGAUACGUCCAAGGAUAAAAAUCACAGUUCUAAGGAUAGGUCCAAGGAUAAAAAUCACAGUUCUAAGGAUAGGUCUGAGGAUAAAAAUCACAGUUCUAAGGAUAGGUCAGAGGAUAAAAAUCACAGUUCUAAAGAUAGUUCCAAGGAUAAAAAUCACAGUUCUAAGGAUAGGUCUGAGGAUAAAAGUCAAAGUUCUAAAUACAAGAGUGAUAGCUCAAAGGACAAAACUCAUGUUACUAAAGAUACAAGUGAUGUGUUAAAUAACAAAUACCACAGUGCUAAUCAUAGUAGUGAUAGGUCAAAGGAUAAGAGUCACAGCACUCAAGAUAAACACAGUGAGAAAAGGGAAAGGUCUAAUGACAAAAGUAGUUCUAAAAGUGAAAGUAGUUCUCAGAAUAAAACUGAUGGGUACAAGGAUAAAAGGAACACUGAGAAUAAACAAGACAGCAAAAGAUCAGAACAUAAAAAUGAUAAUAGAACAAAGAACAGUACAAUGGAAAACAAGAAAAUUGACAGGAAACGUAAACACCACAGUAUGAGCGACAGUGACGAUGACACUGCAAAUGUCGUCAAAACGUCAUCACGCAGCAGGUCUUCCUCCUCGCAAAGUAGGUCCUCUUCCUCCCAUGAAAGGUCUCCUCUUUCAGAUGACGAAUCUGUGUCUUCUUCCUCGCAGAAAAAAUCCACGUCCUCCCAUCACAGGUCUUCUUCGCACAGAAGCUCCUCGUCCUCCCAUCACAAAUCCUCACAUGAACCAUCCUCUGGUAAAAGCUCUGGAUCUUCUCACCAAGGCACCAAAGAAUCAAAGAGGAAACAUUCAAUGCAGGAAAAAUCUUCCAGACAAACGUCUGGUAAGAAAAGAAACAGCAGUGAUGAUAGCAACUCAUCUUCACCCUACAACCCUACUGUUGAUAAGUCUUUCAGCGAGAACUCGUACAUUCCUACUAAAAUAAUUAAAUUGGAGACUCCAGCAAUUAGUGUCCAUGUGCCUAAACACAUGAGUGGUUUAGCUGACGAGGAACUAUACUCCCCCUCCAACCCCUCCCUCAGUGCUAGCAAGUUCAGACCUGUGAAUGCGGAGGAGCUGUAUUCACCCACAGGCAAUGCUAUCAUUAAAUCUGAAAGGUACUCCCCAACACCUAGGUCAGGGGAUAGCAGUGUGAAGAAGUAUAGCCCCACACCUGUGGUGAAAAUAAAACAGGAGAGGUAUAGCCCCACACCUGUAGCGAGUACCAAGAACAGGUAUAACCCAACACCUAUCGAGAGCACCCAGAACAGGUAUAACCCAACACCUAUAGAGAACACCAAACAGAACAGGUAUAGCCCCACGCCUAUAGAUAACACCAAACAGGUCAGUUAUAACCCCACGCCUGUUGUUAGAGUUAAGCAAGAGGAGUAUAAUCCAACUCCCAUUUCCACUGACACCAAAGGAAACAAAGACUAUUCCCCUACUCCCAAAAAGUCAGAAAAACAACAGUACUCAUAUCAGCCAGAUAGCGAUGUUGAGCAUUACUCACCCUCCACACACUUUGACACUGUUGAUCAGUAUUCGCCAACUCCUAUAGCUGCUAAAAUAAAGCAAGAAAAGGCUGAUACAGCUUCAGGUAAACUAAGCCAGUCAGAGUCUUCCCAUCAUAAGUCUUCUUCACAGAGGUCUUCAUCAGUUUCAUCUUCACAUAGAAAAUCUGAACACAGGUCUUCAAGUCAACCUGAACACAGAUCUUCAAGUCAAUCUGAACACAGGUCUUCAAAUCAAUCUGAACACAGGUCUUCAAGUCAAUCUAUACACAAAUCUUCAGGACAAUCUGAACACAAAUCUUCAAGUCAACCUGAACACAAAUCUUCAAGUCAGUCUGAACACAGGUCUUCAAGUCAACCUGAACACAAAUCAUCAAGUCAAUCUAAACACAAAUCUUCAAGUCAACCUGAACACAAAUCUUCAAGUCAACCUGAACACAAAUCUUCAAGUCAAUCAGAACACAAAUCUUCAGGACAUUCUGAACGCAACUCUACAGAUCAUUCUGAACGCAAAUCUUCAGAUCAUUCUGAACGCAAAUCUUCAGGUCAUUCUGAACGCAAAUCUUCAGAUCAUUCUGAACGCAAAUCUUCAGGUCAUUCUGAACACAAGUCUUCAAGUCGAUCUGAAUACAAAAAAUCUUCAGGUCACACAGAAUCCCACAAACCAUCUCAUUCUUCAAAGCAUAGCAAGGAUAACCAAUCACCAUCAGAUGAAGACUCUGUUCACUCUCACAGUGAUAAAUCUCAUAAAGAAAAGUCAAAAUCUUCACCAGAACAAGCCAGCAGUUCAUCAGAUAAACACAGAGACAGUGAGACAGCUAAACCUCAACAGUCUCAUCAAAAACACAGUGAAAAACCAUCCAUUAGUAAACACAGCAGUAAAAGCUCUGGAUCUUCUCACCAGGGCACCAAAGACUCAGUCUCUAAAAUUUCCUCUUCAUCAGCCAAACCAAAGAAACAAAAACCCAAAGCUUAUGUGGAGCCCGAGUUGGAUCUGUUCAGUGAAGCCAUUCACAUCAAACAGGAACCUUCGUCUCCAUCUCAUAGAUCACACAAUGACCCCCAGAAAAAAAGAUCUUCCACCAAAGAGCUUUCAUCCCACAAAUCACAUGUUGACCAGCCAGACAAAAGAUCUUCCGAUAAAGAUCAUCCUUCCAAGAAAGUUUCACCUGUCGCCUCGACUUCAUAUUCAGACCACAUUACAAAUUAUUCUGAUGAAGAUUCUAACUCUUCUAGUCAAGAUGGCGUUACUUCCGAAAGUAUAGACCCCAGUGAUUUGACCACAAAAACAAAAAGCCCCAAAUCUCUGAUUGAUGAGAGUAAAAUGUCUUUUGAUGACUUCAUGAACUUUGAUGAAGUGGCCGUGCUCAAGAAAGCCAAGGUCAAGACGCCCAGCCGUAAAGCCACGCCCUCCACCAAUGUGUCCCCGAGUGCCAGUACUAAACCACACUCUAGCUCUUCAGCAGAGAAGUCAAAAAAAUCAGUCCAAGAAAAACCAAGUUCUUCCAGCUCCAAAUUUUCUGUGCCUUCCCCUGCAAAAAAUGUAACCAUAGAGAAAGAUAUCAUGAGCUUAUUACCUGAGAUCAAUGUCAACUACAAGCCGUUGAAGUACAAUCCUUACUACAUGAAUCAGGAAGAUGGUGAUGUCUCACCCCCUCCCCCUGAAGUAGACCCUGACUCUAUUGGGGUCAAGUCUGUUUGUAGGACCCAGGUCUAUUCUGGUAGAAGGCACGGAGUCACAGAGGUGAAGCCACUAUUUGACCUGUGUAUGCAAGUUCUAAUAGAAAACAUUGAUUACAUUGAGAAUGUUGGUGGAACACCUUACAGUAUUCUAAAGCCAGUCCUAGAAAGAUGUACAGCUCAACAGCUGUACCAGCUAGAAGAUUUCAACCCACACCUGUUAGAGGACACAGACGAGCUGUGGCAGAACUUGUGUCAGCGGGAUUUCAGGGGAAGUAAGCGCAACGAGCUCGAGUCUUGGAGGGAACUCUACUUGCAAAAAUUUGAAGAGCGUGAGAUAAAAUAUCAGAAGUUAAAAGAAAGCAUGUCCACAUCUAUAGUUAAAGGUCAAGCAGGUAGAAAAGCCCAACUGGCUUAUGUUGACACUAUCGCUAAACCACCCAGGGAAGUUUUGAGGAAACAGAAACAGUUUGGAACAGGCUGUGUGAUGAGGACCAAGGGUAACCCCAACAUUAAAGGGGCUGGGUCUGGUGUCAGGUCGUACAAGCCCAGCCUCCUGGUGGCUGCACACAACCCCAUGGACCAGCCUCGAAUGAUGAAACCAAUGCCCCCUAUGAUGGCCAAGUCGCUUAUGAUGAGGAAAAAUAUGCGCCGUUAGCAUGAGAUGCUAUUAUGAUGAGGAAAAAUAUGCGCCGUUAGCAUGAGAUGCUAUUAUGAUGAGGAAAAAUAUGCGCCGUUAGCAUGAGAUGCUAUCUUGAAGUUGGUCAAGUCGCAUGUGCGGCUAGUAAAAGGUGACUGUGACUUGGCUUAGUAGGUAUUGGGCCAAGUGUAACAGUGACGAACUUGACCAAAAAUGCUAUGAUGUGAAUCUAAUGUGUGCUGCCU